AUGCAAUCGACUCCCUCUCCAACCAUUCCCGGUAACUUCGACCGUGACGAAGAAGACGAGAUAGACCAAGAACUCCAGGACGACUUCGACGAAGAACCGAUCCCUUCGACCGCCGAAGAACGCACUUCGUCCCCCGAGCUUCUAGGCCUCACUACUUCCGACUACGACACUUCGACUCCUGAUCUUUUCGAACGAUCCGGUUCUUCGCCCGAACCCGAGGAUCCUUUCCCAUCUACUUCGAAUCUCGUACUUCCGACUCCGUCUUCUGUUCGCGCCCACGCACAGCCGCCCAUCGCAUCCUCUUCCUUCGAACUCCAACCUCGCACCGCCCGCACCUACGAUUCCUUCGACUACUACCACGUCCUCUUCGAGCCCAGCUCCUACUACCACUACGAACAUGAGUCAGACCACGAAUACACCAUUGAUGCCCCCGCGCGGUCAUUCGACGGCACCAAGCUUCGACCCAUCGGAACCAAGAAACAGUGGGCCGUUCGGUACCCUUCGAUCGACGUCGCUGACUUAUGGGAAACCAUCGAGUCCUUCAUCAACGUAGCCAAGAGCUACAACGACUGGAAAGCCGACGUACGAGCACUCUAUCCUGGCGCCGACGAUACAAGAAAGUGGUCGCUGGCAGACAUGGAUCAGCUCAUCGGAGAACACGCUCGUAUCGGGAUUCACAAUGCGGCAGAUCUGGGCUGCUAUUACCGUGACUUCAUGGCCAUUACGAAACAUCUCAUCGCACAGAACCGACUCUCCCCUAUCGAACAAAGUCGCGCAUUUCUUCGAGGAUUCCAGCCAGCGUUGCUCACACGGCUCGAGACCCGACUACAUCUCAAGCACCCCGAUCACUACGCCGACGACCCAUACACCAUGGCAGAGAUUCACGCGGCGGCUACGUUCAUCUUACACGGUACAUCGAGCACACCUACGACAGCGGCUAACCAAGCUACCGCUUCGACGUCGAACACUUCGACAACGGUGCCCCCCGGGAUGAUCAAGACCGAAGACAUCUCGAUGAUCAUCGAAAGCCUGUCGAGGACGAUCGCAACACUCAUUCAGCCGACGACGCACGCUACGCACAACCACGCCCCCGCACCGAGACAACAAGCUACCGUCCACAUCCACGAGAACACCGGAGCUGAACAGACGUGCCACUACUGCGGCAAUCGUGGCUGCAGGGUAGGCACCUGCGAGUUUGCGGAAAUCGACAUUCGGGACGGCAAGUGCAAACGGAACACCGAAGGCAAGAUCGUUCUUCCAAACGGAAGUUUCUGUCCCCGCACUAUCCCUGGUCUCACAAUACGAGAUCGAAUCUACGAGUGGCAUAGAAGAAAUCCCGCAGCACCAGCUGCUCCGAUGAUGCUCUUCGAGAUCGACGAUCGCUCGACUGUGCAAACGUUCACGCUCAACACUAGCGGCAGGAUCGAGGCGCUCGAGCGAGAACUCCUUCAGCUUCGGAAGCGAAGGGAGGUCUUCGACGGCGUCGAGAUUCUACAGCGGAAGAAGCCUACGACGCCAGUCGUCACGAGAAGCGCGGAAGCCUCGGGAUCUGGUACAUCGAAAGGAGUGGCGGCACCCUCGAGCACUUCGACAAGCACGGCCCCGCCUCCGACGAUACCAGCAGCAUCACCCGCGCCGUCUUCUUCGCAGCCUACGCAAUCCACGUCUCAACCUAUUACUACGUCCGCUCCCCCAGCACCACCAGUACACCCCUUCGCAAACGCUCGCGACACAACCUACGCCCCACCGAACGUUCGAAACUUCGCAACUCCGCCGAAGCCCUCGAACGACAAGGGCAAGGAACCAGCGUACAAGACCAUCGUCCCU